AUGUCUACUUCACCCUCUUUCAACUGCAAACAACUAUCCAGCACGGGCUUGAAACCCAAUUUAAAAGCGGAUUUCAAUGGAAUUCACGAUGAAACCAACAAGGAAAACAUGCAUGCAAUAGAUAAAGUGGAAAUGGUCGAUGCAAAUGCCGCUGAGGAGGAGGAGGAACCUUUGUUGAGAGAUAAUCCUUCCAGAUUCGUGAUUUUUCCAAUCAAAUAUGAGGAAAUCUGGCUUUUUUAUAAAAAGUCGGUUGCUUCCUUCUGGACGGUCGAAGAGGUGGACCUGUCAAAGGAUCUAACCCAUUGGGCGUCUCUGAAUGACGGGGAACGCCAUUUUAUCUCUCACGUUUUGGCCUUUUUUGCAGCCUCCGAUGGAAUUGUAAAUGAAAAUUUAGUUGUUCGCUUUGCUAGGGAGGUGCAAAUCCCAGAGGCUCGUUUCUUUUACGGGUUCCAAAUCAUGAUGGAAAAUAUCCAUUCUGAGAUGUAUUCCCUUCUGAUUGACACAUAUAUUCGCGAUGAGCAGGAGCGUCUAAAAUUGUUCAACGCCAUCGAAUAUAUCCCUAGCAUUGAAAAAAAAGCCAAAUGGGCUUUGAACUGGAUUGCAAAUCCAGAUGCCCCCUUUUCGCAGAGACUGGUUGCAUUUGCCGCAGUUGAGGGCAUAUUCUUUUCCGGGUCGUUUGCAGCCAUCUUUUGGAUAAAAAAGCGCGGUCUGAUGCCUGGGCUUACUUUUUCCAACGAGCUGAUCAGUAGAGACGAGGGUCUACAUACCGAGUUUGCUUGUCUAUUACAUUCCCACCUGAAAAAGCCGGCAGAUCCGGCGAUUAUAUAUGCCAUUAUCGAUGAGGCCGUUAGUAUUGAACAGUCUUUUUUGGUUGAUUCUCUGCCGGUCGACCUAAUUGGUAUGAAUUCCACCUUAAUGAAGCAGUAUAUCUGCUUCGUUGCCGAUAGACUUCUGCUCUCACUUGGUUUGUCAAAACUGUAUAAUGUCGAAAACCCGUUUGAUUUCAUGGAUUUAAUUUCCAUGUCAGGAAAAAGCAACUUUUUUGAAAAGAAAGUUGGCGAAUAUCAAAAGUCUGGCGUGAUGCAAAAGCCGUCCGACCGCCGCUUCAGCCUUGAUUCUGAAUUCUAA